AUCCUCCUUCCUUCAUUUCUUCCUCGGCCUCGCACUCAACGAUCCCUCUCUUUCGACCUCCUCUCCUCUCUGCUUCCGUUUCCGCGCUAGCCUCGGUACGAGAAAGAAACAGGGGAGGGGAGGCAUGGGGGCUCGCCGGCGCCUGGCGCUCCUCGCGCUCGCCGUGGCCCUCGCCGCGGCGGCGGCCACCACGGGCCACGCCGGCGUCACCAGCGCGUACCGGCGCAAGCUGGAGGCCACCGCCGACAUGCCGUUCGACGCCGACGUCUUCCGCGUGCCGCCGGGCUACAAUGCCCCUCAGCAGGUGCACAUCACGCUGGGCGACCAGACGGGCACGGCGAUGACGGUCUCGUGGGUGACGGCGAGCGAGCUGGGCAACGGCACGGUGCGGUACGGCCCGUCGCCGGACAAGAUGGAGAUGACGGCGCAGGGCACGCACACGCGCUACGACUACUUCAACUACACCUCCGGCUUCAUCCACCACUGCGUCCUCAGGAACCUCAAGCAUGGCGUGAAGUACUACUACGCGAUGGGGUUCGGCCACACGGUGCGCACCUUCUCCUUCACCGCCCCUCCCAAGCCCGGCCCCGACGUGCCCUUCAAGUUCGGCCUCAUCGGUGACCUGGGGCAGACGUUCGACUCCAACAGCACGCUGUCGCACUACGAGGCCAACGGCGGCGACGCGGUGCUCUUCGUGGGCGACCUCUCCUACGCCGACGCCUACCCGCUGCACGACAACCGGCGCUGGGACAGCUGGGCGCGCUUCGUGGAGCGCAGCGUGGCGUACCAGCCCUGGAUCUGGACCGCCGGCAACCACGAGCUGGACUACGCGCCGGAGAUCGGCGAGACGGUGCCCUUCAAGCCCUUCACCCGCCGCUACCGCACGCCGUACCGCGCCGCCGGCAGCACGGAGCCGCUCUGGUACUCGGUCAAGGUCGCCUCCGCCCACAUCAUCGUGCUCUCCUCCUACUCCUCCUACGGCAAGUACACGCCGCAGUGGACGUGGCUGUCGGACGAGCUGGGCCGCGUCGACCGCAAGGCCACGCCGUGGCUCAUCGUGCUCAUGCACUCGCCAUGGUACAACAGCAACAACUACCACUACAUGGAGGGGGAGACGAUGCGGGUGCAGUUCGAGAGCUGGCUGGUGGCCGCCAAGGUGGACCUCGUCCUCGCCGGCCACGUCCACUCGUACGAGCGCAGCCGCCGCUUCUCCAACGUCGCCUACAACAUCGUCAACGGCAAGGCCACGCCCGUGCGCGACUUGGACGCGCCCGUCUACGUCACCAUCGGCGACGGCGGCAACAUCGAGGGCAUCGCCAACAACUUCACGGAGCCGCAGCCGUCCUACUCGGCCUUCAGGGAGGCGAGCUUCGGGCACGCGACGCUGGAGAUCAAGAACCGGACGCACGCCUACUACGCGUGGCACCGCAACCACGACGGCGCCAAGGCCACAGCCGACUCCGUCUGGCUCACCAACAGACACCACCUCCCCACCGACGACUCCAAGUGAAGUGGCCGGACGGAUCAUCUGCCCCUUUACUUGAGCAACGUGGGGUUUUUCUUACAUGUCGAUCCAUCCGGCUGCGAUGGGACAGAAAAGAAGACAUCUUGGGCAGCUGCAAAUGGUUGCUACACGGCUGCUUCUUUCAUCUCAUUUGUGAAUCUCUUGAGCUCGAGCCGUAGUUAGUGCAAUUAGUCAUGUAACCUUAAGGGUAAAGCUCUUGCGCGUAGUCUCGUUUGAAAUAAAAUAACAAAAGAGAUUUGGGAGGUUCUUCUCAA